UUACUAUACACACAGGCUUGGGGCCAGCACCAUUCACACAUUACCCUGCUCUGCAGCAGACGGACAGAGUUGCUCUCAUCCUUGUCUCCCUUCUCCCCUACUUCUCCAAAAUCCUUCUCUGUGGGAGGAACAGCUAUAGCUUUAGGGAUAAUAUAGCUUUAAGGAAACUUUUGGCAGAUGCCGAUGUCCUAACAUCUGGGCAGUGUUAACGGGAUCCCGGAGGCCCGGACAGACCAGGAGCCACUCGUUCUAGGAAUGUUAAAGUAAAAGUUUUUCCGACUGAUGAGAGGAGCAGAAAGGAAGGAGAAAGAGCAAGAGAAGGAGAGAGAGCCGGACCCCUCCUCCACAAAAUACAACAGAUCCCACAUUUCUGCUUCCCCUCACUUUUGGAAGUUUAUUGAUGGCCGAUUUCUGAAAGUCAUUCUCCUUUGCCCUGGUACUUCUGGCCACAUACCUCUACUCUUGUCUCCCUAACCCACCCUUCCCCAGCUUCCCUGCCUUUCAAGGAUGGCCAUUCAACUAACUCGAAGAGGAGCUCUGUGUCUGCUGCUCUUCCUCACUCCAGUAGUGACACCAACGUGGUACGCAGGUUCGGGCUACUACCCAGAUGAAAGCUAUAAUGAAGUAUAUGCUGAAGAAAUCCCGCAGGCCCCCGCCCUAGACUACCGAGUCCCCCGAUGGUGUUAUACAUUAAAUAUCCAGGAUGGAGAAGCCACGUGCUACUCACCGAGAGGAGGAAAUUAUCACAGCAGCCUGGGCACUCGUUGCGAGCUCUCCUGUGACCGGGGCUUUCGACUGAUUGGACGGAGGUCGGUUCAAUGCCUGCCAAGCCGCCGUUGGUCUGGAACUGCCUACUGCAGGCAAAUGAGAUGCCACGCACUGCCAUUCAUCACGAGUGGCACCUACACGUGCACAAACGGGGUGCUUCUUGACUCCCGCUGUGACUACAGCUGUUCCACUGGCUACCACCUAGAAGGUGACCGCAGCCGAAUCUGCAUGGAGGACGGGCAAUGGAGCGGAGGCGAGCCUGUAUGUGUAGACAUAGAUCCUCCCAAGAUCCGUUGUCCUCACUCACGUGAGAAGAUGGCAGAGCCAGAGAAGCUGACUGCUCGCGUAUACUGGGACCCACCCGUGGUGAAAGAUUCUGCUGAUGGGACCAUCACCAGGGUGACACUUCGAGGCCCUGAGCCUGGCUCUCAGUUUCCCGAAGGUGAGCACGUGAUUCGUUACACUGCCUAUGACCGAGCCUACAACCGCGCCAGCUGCAAGUUCAUUGUAAAAGUACAAGUGAGACGCUGCCCAACUCUGAAACCACCACAGCAUGGCUACCUCACCUGCACCUCAUCGGGGGACAACUAUGGUGCCACCUGUGAAUACCACUGUGAUGGAGGUUAUGAGCGCCAAGGGACCCCCUCCCGGGUCUGCCAGUCCAGCCGCCAGUGGUCAGGAUCACCACCCAUCUGUACUCCUAUGAAGAUUAACGUCAAUGUCAACUCGGCUGCUGGCCUUCUGGAUCAGUUCUAUGAGAAACGGCGACUCCUCAUCAUCUCAGCUCCUGAUCCCUCCAACCGAUAUUAUAAAAUGCAGCUCACUAUGCUACAGCAAUCUACCUGCGGACUGGACCUGCGGCACGUGACCAUCAUCGAGCUGGUGGGGCAGCCACCUCAGGAGGUGGGACGCAUCCGGGAGCUACAGCUGUCAGCCAACCUCAUCGAGGAGCUCAGGCAGUUUCAGCGCCUCACUCCCUCCUACUUCAACAUGGUGUUGAUUGACAAGCAGGGAAUUGACCGGGAACGCUACAUGGAACCUGUCACCCCCGAGGAGAUCUUCACAUUCAUUGAUGACUAUCUACUGAGCAACCAGGAGCUGACCCAGCGCCGGGAGCAAAGGGACAUGUGCGAGUGAACUGGAGCCAGGCCGUGGUCAAGGUCAAAGGAAAAGGUCCCCUGGUCAGCCAAAGCUGGGGCCUCAUAAGAGGAGAAAAUGCUUUCCCACAGCUCUAGGGACAGGACUCUGAGGUGGCUGAGGUUCCUCGAUCCUGGGACAUUUCCAGACACCAUUUUAGGGCUGUGUAAUAGUUUCCUUAAGCAAGUCUCUGCUUUCGGUAGCACUGGAGGAGCAUGAGAAGCUAGGUGGGGACUGAGGACAGGCCCUGGGCAGCAGGUCGUGGCUAGAAGAUCUGGCUUUCCUAACCUGGGCCUCUGCCCGGCUCUCCGAAGUCUUCUAGAUAAGUAAAUCCUAAAUUCAUUCACUAACCGGCUGUGUUUUACAUAGUUCCUCUACCAUGAGUGACAGCAGAGGGCAGCACCAUCCCAACAGACAACCAGGACACUUGAGCAAGCGUAGCUGGAUUAACUGUGGGAUUGGAGGGUGGAGGGGGAGCCACAAAACAUUCCUGAACUUGUUUGUCGUUUCCCCCUUAGGGUAUUGGGCUACAAAUGCUAUGUUAACUAUCACUUCACCUAAGAGUUACCAAAAUGCUGCAGUGGGAGGGAGUUUGGGAAGAAAAAUCAGGCCAGGGCAGAAUGCUUUCUCUUGCCCCUCCAACUAGCUCAUGGGCAACAGUCUCUUCUUACUGAGCCUCCGGUUCCUGUAGCAAAAAGGUAGGCAAUGCGGCCCCCUCCUCAGAGAAGCCCCCAGUUCGUGAUCUUGGAAACCUCAAAACCACCAACUAUAAACUAAAUCAGAGAGAAGGAAAAAAGACAGACUCAGCCUCCCGUAUUCACUUACUCAGACAUCCACUUUGAAGAGAUGAGCAUGGAGCAGGUGGGAGCUACAGCAGCACAAAGGCAAGUAAACUGGGGCUUUGGGGGCUGUUGUGAAGCUGAUCCACAUUUGGACCCUUGCUCUGGCUUCUGCUGCACUCAAGCAUGCGCCACUGUUUCAAAGAAAAGUGUUCUUCCCCUUGCUGCCCCGGGAACCUUCUUGUCUACACUUGUGGAACCCUGUGUCAUGGUUAAGACUCAGCAGCCAUUCACCUUCAGCUUUACCCAGAGGGGUCAUCGGUGGAACAUUAGAGGGGAGGAGGAAGUGGGCUAGGUGGAGAGGCAGAGCUAAAAUGCUCAAGUACUCACUCUGUGCCAAGUGCUGUUCUAAAUACUAUCAAUUGACUGAAAUCUUCAAAAGAACCCUCUAAGGUCGGUCCCAUUAUGAGCCCCAUUUCACAGAUGCGGGGAUGGAAGCACAGAGAGGUUAGGCAACUUGCCUAAGAUCACACAGCUCAGAAGUGGCAGAGUCAGGAUUUAAACCCCAGCUGCCUGGCUCCAGAGUCAGUAUCCUUAAACAUAAUGCUUUACUGCCUGUACUUCUUUUUCUACUUUUCAUUUAAAGAUAGCAGAUAGCACCAAGCAAGGAAGGAGGAAGAUGUCCUCUUCUGUAAUCCCACUCAGACAGAAGACUUAGAGUGUGCCCAGGAGGAAAGAGAGAAGGGGGAAAAAUAAUCUCUCAACCCAAGGAAACUCCCUCUCCCAAGCAGAGUGAUGGGACGGAAGUCAGGAGCCCAGGACCUAUAGGUCGGGGGUAGUAGUGCGUCACAGAGAAGCUCUUUCCACUGGGCAGUUAGUGGAAGUCUUAUUUUUAAAAUGUUACAUUAAAAGUCAGGCAGUUCCUGGCUGGAACGGAACAUAGAGGAAAUGAUCAAACUUAAAGCAAAAAGGUCCCUUCUUGCCCCUUCCCUGCAGGGAAAUACAGGAGUUCUGAAAGGCAGGAAGCAAGUUAUGGGCAGAAGGGAAAAUACAAUGAGUUAAUGUGGGAAAUCUCUGGUCAGACAGGGUCUGUGGUUCCAAAGGCAAAGAUUGCACAUCAGGCAAAAUGAAUGCCCUUCCUUGUCUUUAUCACAGACACUUCAUGUGGCAAGCCAGCGCAUGCCCGCGGGUCAAAGGCCCGAGUGAGGACAUGAGGAGGCCCACUGCCUCCCGAGCAGGGUUCCCACCUGGGCCUGACACAUAUAAAUGCUCCUCUAGCUUACAAAAAGUUGAGACACCUUUGUUUUGUUUCACUUUAUUGAGUAGGCAAGGCAAGUCAGUCUUGCUUUCUUCAGGUCAAGCUUUACUGUUACGUUCCUCGGAUUAUGAUUCAAGAAAUCCCAACUCCCAAAAUAGGGGGAGGAGACAGCAGUGGAGUCAGGCCCACAGCCAGACCCAAAGGGGCUAGCCUGACCCCGACCCUGUACUACCUGUUUCUGUGUCACUCUGUCCUGCCCUACCUGCAACCUUCCUUCUUUCCUCCCCCUCCCUCCUUCCCUCCCUGCCUCCCCCUACACACACACACACACACACACACACACACACACGCACACACACGCUGUUCAGUCAGCUGACCAGGUAACAUCCAAAGCAUUUUGACUGUCCUACUAACUAAACUUAUUUCUUUGAGAUACUUUAGAAGGUACAUCUCAUCCUCACAGGAGGCAGCGUGGCCCAGGAGAAUCAGAUCUUGAUUCAAAUCCGAACUCUGUUCCACGAUAGUGGGCUUGACUUUCCUCACCUGUAAAAAGGGAAGUUUUCCUACUUCAUAAGGUACUUGGGGGAAAUUAUGGAAAUAAGAUAUGCCUAGCAGAAAGCCUUGUACACAAAAGGCAUUCAGUAUAUAUUCAUGCCCUUUGUGCAAGAGGUCAAGAAUCACUUAGGCUCUACCUAGAAGCCCAGAGCCUUAUAUCUGAGAUGGAUUACUUGGCAUCUGGGUUAUUUCUCUCUCAAAACUAAAUAGCAGUCGUUAAGAGGGAAGGAAAAGGCCCUAGCUCCUAGAGAAAGUGAAGGACCCAGAAAGAAACAGCAGGGACCGGCUCCCCUGCCCUGUGCACUUCUCUCCUGUUCCUGCAGCACGUUGUGGUGGUGCAGGGUGGGGGAGGGGGUGGGUUACAAAGGUAGAGGAGGAGUUCCUUUGGUACUUUACAGAGGGAAAGGAAAGUGGUGGCACUUUUAAGAUGGGUUUUCAUUCUCUCCCUGGACACCAAACACAAAGGUCAAUGGAUCACAGCUUGGCGGAGGUCUCAGGCAGUAAUGUGGAGACAGGGAAAUUUUCUUCCAAUCAGCACAGGAUGGUUAGGGAAGGGCAUUUGUCACUUUGGUUCUUACCCUUCCAGCCAUGUGAAAAGCAACAACAAACAGUAAGUCAGGACAUCAGAGACAAAAGCAUUUAUAGAACUAACAAAUGUAAAGGCUUGGCAAGUGAGAAAGCUUUAUUGAAGCACACACACAUUUCAGGGUGUGGAGAACAAAGAGGCACGUGACAGUCUGGGAUCCCAGGUUACGCCUUCCAUUACAGUAUCAAUCCACACCAAGUAAACCUUUUUAAAACACUCUUCCAUUCGCUUCACACAUACAGCAGAAACUGCCGUGGCUGCCUUCAGUCCAGUAGCCUUAGAGGAGCGUCCACUAGCACCCGACUCUACUGAAAACGACUUUUUCUCCCGUACAGGCUCCUUUUGCAAAUGACUUUGUGUUGAUACAGUGGUGAAAAUAAAAAGGUCAGUUUGGAACAGUGAGUUUUGGAGAAUGAACCUUAGACUACUAAACUGAAAUUGGAAAGGUCUCAACCCACCACACCUAGGUUACAUCUAGGUCAAGAUUAGGAAUAGAAAAUAUAGGAACUGAAACCACUUCAAGAAGGAAGUCAGAAAAACUGGGAGAGUCUCGGAACACGUUCUCUUGGAGCACUGACAGUGCCCAGGCUGGAGAAACACUGGACUGGUUUUAGACCAUCGUGGCUAUUCUGGCUACAUGACAGUAUAGAGACCACAUUCUGUGUGGUAGCACACGGCGGACACAAACGCUAAGGAAGGUGUGGUUCGUGAGAGUGAAGAUGUCUUGUCUUUCAUUAGAGAAAUUAGGAGCUCUCUAAUAACCACUGCAUCAGUUUAAAAUGCAAUGAAUUCAGCACAGCCUGGGAGACAUUCACCAGUCCCCAGGGACCACUGAGAAGCCCUUACUGGGCAUGCCCAUGUCCCACUCCAAAGGCCGUUAUCUAAUUAAAGUGCUUUUCUAAAGCAGCACAAUUCUAAGGGUCCCCCAAAGGUCUAGUGAAGGUGUCCAGAACUGGAAGCAACUUAAACAUUUUCUUAGCAUUUCCAAGAAAGCCAUUAGACCCAAGCAAGGUGGAAACUGCUAAAAACAAGAGGAGUUAAAAGCCUAGUUUCAGAAAUGUGUCAAGGUAAAUAAUGGAGUUAAAAGCAUAAAUUGGGGAGGAAAGAAAGGACCUACUCACUUCUCUCCCAUCUUCUUUCCUGGGUAACCCACCCCUGCUUCCCAGAGCCUUGCCCUCAGACCAGGCAAAUCUUGAAAACACAGACAGGUAUGAGUGCCAAAGGCAGUCAGGGCUUCCCAGGGAAGGAGUGUCCAGGAUAGCAAGGCAAUAAAAAGUUGUUUUGAAAGAUAAGUUAAUUAAAUCUCAUAAAGAUAGAAGAAAUUGGACUCUGAAAACACAUACUAGUUUAUGCACAAAUAAAAACAUUUUGAAGAGAUUCUUAUUCUCGAGCUUGCGUUAAAAAGGGGGAGAAGUCUGCUCACUCUGGUAUGAUGAGAUUUGUAGAAAUCCACACUUAUACACACACAUACAUAACACACACACAUAUUAAAUUAUAAAUCUUUGCUCUUGGUUUCUUCACUUCCUCCGACUUGCCCUGGACAGGGCUGGACCUGCAGAGAAGGACAGGGGCUCACAAGCCCAGCUUCUGCUUGGCCAUCGAGGAACGGAGCGGCAGAGUCCCUUCUGCCCAAGACCCUGGGUACUGCCGCAUCUUCUGCCACAGGCUCACUUCUUCCCCAGUCGAAUCCAUCCAGUCCACCACUUCCCCGUUACUGAUUCCUGAGGAGAAACACCAGAGGAGGCUGAACAGGGACCCCACUUCUCAGCUCACCAGCAAAGAUGGUUUCUGCACCAAGGGUGGCCACCGCGCAAAUGACAAUGUACUACGGAAAUGGGCCGAUGGGGACAGCAGUCUGGGAACGGCGCCCUGUUGAUUCUGCACAGCCACUUCUGUGCUCCUGAGAUGCUAUCAAGAUGUCAAGUGGAUGAAAUGGGACUCCAAACAGCACACAGUAGCUCAAGACCUCUUAUUCUGAGGCUGUUACAGCUACUGCCCUUCUGUUAUUGUCAAUUUGACUUGUAGUGGAAGGGAGGGAAGGAAAGAAAAGAUGGAAGGAAGGGAGGGAGGGAGGGAGGAAGAGGUGGGAGAAGGAAGCCAGCGGAACACCUUUUUUUUUUCCCUAGCUGUAGACUCCAGGCUUGAAGCUCAGCUUAUAUGUGGCUUCAUUCCUAUUCUCUUGUAUAUUCAUUCAAUAAACAUUUACUGAGUGCCUACUA